AUGAGGUUCCCUGUUAGUCUCUGGAGAAUCCACAACACGCAGCUGAUAACUGAGCCAGUAGCCUGCGAGGCCACACCACUCCAGAUACCGGUUCCUGGAACCUUGGCCAAAGGUACUUGCCUCCCAUCAGAGCCUGCCGAAUCCUCUUGCCCAUGGGACCAAAGGCCUUGUGCUCUUGCUAUCUCUCAGAUGGACAUUUGUGGCAUGAACCAGAAUGGGGUCUUCCCGGAAACUCAGGCCAACAGUGUGAAGAAGGUCCUGCCGCGCCCCCUGUCCAGGGUGAAUGGCUGGUCACCGCCCCUCCACCCCUUCCAGGCAAUAGCCUGGACCACCUUCCUGCUCGUGUCCAUUUCUGCCUUUGGGAUCUUCAUCCCCUCUCUGCCAAGAAACUGGAAAUAUGCUGCCUAUGCCGUGAUGGGUGUGCUGUUUACGUUCCACCUCAUCAUGCACUUGAUUGCAAUUACCAUCGAUCCAGCUGACACCAACGUCCGACUCAAGAAGGACUACUCAGAGCCUGUGCCGACCUUCGACAGGUCCAAACAUGCACACGUGAUCCAGAACCAGUAUUGCCACCUGUGUGAGGUUACUGUGAGCAAGAAAGCCAGACACUGCAGCUCCUGCAACAAGUGCGUCUCUGGCUUCGACCACCACUGCAAGUGGCUGAACAACUGUGUGGGCAGCAGAAACUAUCACUUCUUCUUUGGCUCCGUGAUCUCAGCUACAGCUGGCCUUCUUGGCAUUGUGUUUAUCUUGUUGUACGUCUUCAUCCAGUACUUUGUCAACCCCGACGAGCUCCGCACAGACCACCUGUAUAAAGACAUCAGCUCUGAGAACGUAUGGCUGCUGUUCCUUCCCUUGUGGCCUGUGCGAGUGAAGACCCCCAUGGUUCUUUCUAUCGAUGUGGUGGUACUGCUGCUGGCCAUUACCAGCUUCGUGCUGCUUGGGCACCUGCUCAUCUUCCACCUGUAUCUGAUUUGCAAGAACAAGAGCACAUUUGACUACAUGAUGCAGACCCGUGUCCCCCCACAACCAGCAGAGAAGAAAGAGCUACCUCUGAAGAAUAGGGGGAACAUUUCUCAGGUAUUCCUGUUCCUCUAUGUCAUAUCCAUCAAAGGCUGGAGUCACUGUGUGGACUCACCCUACACAGGGACCUCUUAG